UGUUACAACGCAACUACGGAUUCUAAACAUGCAACUAACACGGCGUAAUUUAAGAAAUUACAAUGCAUGUAGUGUAGAUAACCAACGGUUAUGUACUAGGCUAAAUAUUGGCGAAGUCGAUGGACUGCACAACUUAGUGGUACAAAUUUGCGAUAAAUAAACAAUAACGAACAAGGAAAGGCCGUGGAAUGAACAGGAGACUUCUUCUAACGUGCCUGACAUUGUGUUUGUCGCACGCGGUAUUAACGGCACCGUUGGAGUCAUCUUCUGGAAAGUCUGGCGAAGACGAAGCGCAUCCAGCGACUCCAAAGUCGGUUAAUCUUGAAGAUAAAGUAAAAGAGGCAGUGCAAAAAGCUGAACUAGACGCAAGUCUAGCUGCGCAAGAUGCUGUAAAGCAUGGACAUAAGGCUGAGACAAGAGUUGAGAGCAUCAAAAGCUCUGAAGCAAGUGACGGCAGUAAUGAUCACAAUUCAAACGAGAAGCCACCAGCUUCCAGAAAACAUGAGACGUCAGCAAGUGACCUGGACGAAGGACCCCAUGUAAAGCGAGUAAAGGAGCACAAGGUAAACCGAAAGCCAAGCGGAAUGGGAAAGAUGUUAGGACUGGGUGAACUGGGAGACAUUGGAGGAAACAAUAAUGAGUACAAAGAAGACACUAGGCUGGAGGAUCGCUUAGCCAUGGAAGCUGAAGAGGAAAAGAAAUACGAAACCGGAGAAGGAUAUGGCACAGGAGGAGGAGGAGGAGGAGGAGGAGGUGGAGGUGGUGGUUGGGAAGAUGGAGGAAAAGGUGUGAACUGGGCCACAAAUAUCCAAAGACAAGACGCUGCAGAGAAACAAAGCAUUCAAGCCCAAGUUGCCUCUGAAAGUGCACAUGAAUUGGACGAGAUCCAGCGCGCCAUUGCGGCUGAGUCUCAAUCUUCACGCGGUUCUGCAUCAAUUGGCAACGGAGGUGCUUCAGUAGUUGGGGGAGCAGGCGGGGUUCAGGAUCAAGAAGGUAUGCAACCAAGGAUAUCAAAUCCAGAAGGAGGAAGAGGGCAACCAAUGGCCUUUGUAGGAGCUCAGCAAAAAGGAAUUACUCCUUCUGAGAACCAAGAGGAAUUUCAGGAAUAUUCAUCACCUUAUCUAUCCGUUGGUCAGCCAGAGAUCUCAAGCCUCGUUCACCAAGCCGACAAAAUGUUGCCGGGCGAGAUGAGAGGAUCAUCUCAACAAAACAACAUGGUAAUCGGUGGCUUAGGAGCCCGUGGAAGCCAAGGUGUAAGUGAAGGUAUAGCAAGCUUUGGAGGAAUAGAGGGGGGGCAGCAACUUGGAGCACAAAGUCAAGUAUCACCGAUGGAGCAACCUCCCGUGGCAUCUGAAAGAGCUGGAUAUGGAGGUGCCUUGGAGCAAGGUGCAGUGAAUCAGGAAGGAUUGGGUCAAGGGGGUCUGGCAGGAUUGAGUGACUCUGCAGUGAGCCGCAUGAGCGAAGAUGGAACAGCGGGAGGAUCCUUGCAAGGAAUCCAGGGAGCUCAGGAUGUUCAAGGGAUGCAGAGCUUGACAUCUGCUUUUGCAGGGGGGCAACAAGUGCAGGGUGGAAUGCUAUCUGAUGGAGGAGGUGUUAGCAGCUUGCAAGGGCAAGGAUUAAUGGGAGGUGGUCUUCAAGGAGGCUUACAAGGUAUGAUGGGCGGUGGAUUGGCAGGCCUGCCGGCCAUGGGCGGUGGAGGACAAUUUGCACAACAGCAAAUGUCAUUUAAAAAGUCAACAAUAGCAAGACCACGAGACUUCCAGCGCUCCAAGACACACCAGAAGGAGGACACCAAGACUAAACAUAGGAAACCUUCCCAAAUACAUAAAGAUGCUUUUUCAAAGAAUUCUGUGCCAAAGAGGCAUUUAAUGGAGGAUAGAAAGACAGUAUCAGUCAAAAAGAGUAAAAUGAUGAGGAGGCAACAUUCAAAGCACUCGACCGCAGUUUAAAACUGACUCGCUCCGCCUAAAGCACGAGCCAUUACGAACGCUUCAAAUUUUCCUGGCAAAGAAUGAAACGCCCACGAGUUUUCUUGGCCAUCAGAAUUAUAGAUUGCAAGAAGAUGUACUGACAAUUCGUUUGCAAUAUUUGUUUUAAAUCGUCCUAAAGGAGCAAGAAAUCUUCUCAAAUGAAGCCAGUCGUAAAUUUCAUUGGCAUGACGCAUGCGUGAUCGGCAAGACAUGAGUUGUCAAAAACUAGACAUUUAAUGAUGUGACAUUUUUUAUCUAAUACCAUUCUAGAAUGAAUACCUAGCUUUGAAAAAAAUAAAAACCAAGAAAGAUA